UCGUGGCCGUUUAUGGACGAUGCUCUGCUGGCAGCGUGGCCUUUAAUUUUAAGCUCGCACCUGGAACGCAUAUAAAGCGUGCAUCACCUGCAUUUAUCAUCGCAGGACGAUUUCUGUUAUUACCACUUAAUCGAUCUUUCCAAUCGCUUCUCCGUCAUUGACUGUUAUUAUGACCACCACAUCGAGCCUUUCCAUCACUCUUGCUCAAGCUAUCGCUUAUCUCAUUCGACCUCUUACCGUUACGCACCCUACUACGACCACCAACAAGCUUCAGUCUGCGCUUGAGGCGAACUUGACUGCACUGUUCGCCCCGACAUGGACUCCCAAUGAACCACUUCGUGGUUCCAGCCAGCGUUGCCUCACUCUCUCCCCUAAUUGCCUCCCUCCACGUGCCAUAUAUACCGCAUGCCUUGCAUCCAAUGUUCAGUGGUUCGACUGGAUUGCAUCCUUGGGCGGACGUGAGUUCGACUUUCGUGUCGAUCCAGGAUGCAUCUCUGUGCAGUUCGAGAAGGGUACCAAGCUCAUUACGAUCUGGUCGGAGGGACCGAUCGCUAAGGCUGUGUCCGUCGCGCAUCAUACGCCUUUUAGCCAGCUGCCACCCAACAACUCAAGGUCUAAGACACUUGCCCAGCAGCUCUGGGAAUAUGAUCGCACAGAGGAUGAAGAACUUUUCGCAUUGCUUGCUGACGAAAUCAGUGCACCCACUUGGAUGAUCCCUAUCGUUGACCGUUUCCCUACUCCUGCACGUUCUAAAUCGCCCCUCUCUACUAUAUCUACCGAUCUGUGCUCCAGCCAUUGCUCGUCUGACUCCUGUUUCUCUAUCAUGGCUGCCUCCACCUCGUCGCCUAAGAAGAGCAACAAGCAGCUAUCCCAACUUACCCGCCACGAGAAGACAAGGCAGCUUCGUGUCUUUGUAGACACCUCCAAGACUGAAGUUACCCCCUACGAUGGUGGCAAGACCACUGUCCUCACCGGCGGUGUGAUGCUGGGAGCUGCACCUCCCAAGGGCAAGAGCGGCCCUUCUAUUUCUGCUCGGCGCCACGCAUAAACAGCUAUGCUUCCCUUUAUCACCCGGCCCACGAACUUCCCCACGGGAUGAUUUUCCUAUACGCCUAUUUACGCUCCGCACACUUCA